AUGUUCUCCUUAAAUCACGCCCCAGAGCGACAGGAAAUACAGUCUCUCUCUACAGCCGCUCUCUACAGCCGCUCUCUACAGCCGCUCUCUACAGCCGCUCUCUACAGCCGCUCUCUACAGCCGCUCUCUACAGUCUCUCUCUACAGCCGCUCUCUACAGCCGCUCUCUACAGCCGUUCUCUACAGCCGCUCUCUACAGUCGCUCUCUACAGCCGAUCUCUACAGCCGCUCUCUACAGCCGCUCUCUACAGCCGCUCUCUACAGCCGCUCUCUACAGCCGCUCUCUACAGCCGCUCUCUACAGCCGCUCUCUACAGCCGCUCUCUACAGCCGCUCACUACAGCCGCUCUCUACAGCCGCUCUCUACAGCCGCUCUCUACAGCCGCUCACUACAGCCGCUCACUACAGCCUCUCUCUACAGCCGCUCUCUACAGCCGCUCUCUACAGCCGCUCACUACAGCCGCUCUCUACAGCCGCUCUCUACAGUCUCUCUCUACAGCCGCUCUCUACAGCCGCUCUCUACAGUCUCUCUCUACAGCCGCUCUCUACAGCCGCUCACUACAGCCGCUCUCUACAGCCGCUCUCUACAGCCGCUCUCUACAGCCGCUCUCUACAGCCGCUCUACAGCCGCUCACUACAGCCGCUCUCUACAGCCGCUCUCUACAGCCGCUCUCUACAGCCGCUCUCUACAGCCGCUCUCUACAGCCGCUCUCUACAGCCGCUCACUACAGCCGCUCACUACAGUCGCUCUCUACAGCCGCUCUCUACAGCCGCUCUCUACAGCCGCUCUCUACAGCCGCUCUCUACAGUCUCUCUCUACAGCCGCUCUCUACAGCCGCUCUCUACAGUCUCUCUCUACAGCCGCUCACUACAGCCGCUCUCUACAGCCACUCUCUACAGCCGCUCUCUACAACAGCCGCUCUCUACAGCCGCUCUCUACAACAGCCGCUCUCUACAGCCGCUCUCUACAGCCGCUCUCUACAGCCGCUCUCUACAGCCUCUCUCUACAGCCGCUCUCUACAGCCGCUCUCUACAGCCGCUCUCUACAGCCGCUCUCUACAGCCGCUCUCUACAGCCGCUCUCUACAGCCGCUCUCUACAGUCUCUCUCUACAGCCGCUCUCUACAGCCGCUCUCUACAGCCGCUCUCUACAGCCGCUCUCUACAGCCGCUCUCUACAGCCGCUCUCUACAGCCGCUCUCUACAGCCGCUCUCUACAGCCGCUCUCUACAGCAGCUCACUACAGCCGCUCUCUACAGCCGCUCUCUACAGCCUCUCUCUACAGUCGCUCUCUACAGCCGCUCUCUACAGCCGCUCUCUACAGCCUCUCUCUACAGUCGCUCUCUACAGCCGCUCUCUACAGUCUCUCUCUACAGCCGCUCUCUACAGCCGCUCUCUACAACAGCUGCUCUCUACAGCCGCUCACUACAGCCGCUCUCUACAGCCGCUCUCUACAACAGCCGCUCUCUACAGCCGCUCACUACAGCCGCUCUCUACAGCCGCUCACUACAGCCGCUCACUACAGCCGCUCUCUACAGCCGCUCUCUACAACCGCUCACUACAGCCGCUCUCUACAGCCGCUCUCUACAGCCGCUCUCUACAGCCGCUCUCUACAGCCGCUCUCUACAGCCGCUCUCUACAGCCGCUCUCUACAGCCGCUCUCUACAGCCGCUUUCUACAGCCGCUCUCUACAGCCGCUCUCUACAGCCGCUCUCUACAGCCGCUCUCUACAGCCGCUCUCUACAGCCGCUCUCUACAGCCGCUCUCUACAGUCUCUCUCUACAGCCGCUCUCUACAGCCGCUCUCUACAGUCUCUCUCUACAGCCGCUCUCUACAGCCGCUCACUACAGCCGCUCUCUACAGCCGCUCUCUACAGCCGCUCUCUACAGCCGCUCUCUACAGCCGCUCUCUACAGCCGCUCUCUACAGCCGCUCUACAGCCGCUCACUACAGCCGCUCUCUACAGCCGCUCACUACAGCCGCUCUCUACAGCCGUUCUCUACAGCCGCUCUCUACAGCCGCUCUCUACAGCCGCUCUCUACAGCCGCUCUCUACAGCCGCUCACUACAGCCGCUCACUACAGCCGCUCUCUACAGCCGCUCUCUACAGCCGCUCUCUACAGCCGCUCUCUACAGCCGCUCUCUACAGCCGCUCUCUACAGCCGCUCUCUACAGCCGCUCCCCACGGUGCAGAAACACCCUCUGCUGUGA